GUUCCUUCCUCCGUCUCCAGACACACCCUCCUCCUCCUGCUCCUCCUUUUUCUGACUUGUUUAUUGUCGUGCUCGGAAGGAUAUUCUCUCGAGAUUUUGCCUGUGCUGUCGUAUUUGCAGAUCUCUCAGUUCCCGUCCACGUCGGUGUGGGCGCUAUACGAGUCCAAGAUACGAUCGACGCCAAUAAAUGGUUUCAUCGACCUCCGUCUCGUCCAAAAUUGCCAACGUAUCCUAUGCAGAACGCGUAAAGCAGGCACUUGCUCCUCAUUCCCCCACCAGCACGGGCCCAACCUAUUCAGAUUCCGCGUCGGCCACCUCACCUGUCCCCUUCCCGGAAUUGUCAGCCUCCAUAUCCGCUGACUCUUCAACGCGUGUACAACCACGAGGGCGGAACAAGUCCCAGUCAUUACACCAUUCGUCUCCUUCUCACGUUCAUGAGCCUCAUCAUGUCCACGCGCAGAACACACCCCAGCUCAAUCAUACCCCUCCACGUUCUGAUGCUUCAUCCUCCUCUGCGUCCCACCAAUCACCCCCGGUAGUCAACGUUUGGGCAGCACGUAUGAAGGGGCACCACCACCAGCAGAACAAGGAUUAUCCAACGCCAGAACCUGUCAAAGGUGACGACCGUACUCAGCCCCGCGCGCUUCCAUCCUCAUCUCCAUCCCGGCUACACCAUCACCAGAACCAUCACCAUACCAGUGACUCUAGUGUCUCGCCGCAGCCUUUCCCCUCGCUUCCUCAUUCUCCCUCGCACACCGCUCAGUCUGCCCUGCCUCAAGGCAUUGAUGCCGCCGAUCACGCGUCACGCGACGAUGCCGUCCAUGAGCACGAUCCCUUCGUCGUCCGCCUGCCUCUCCACCUACGAAGAUCGCCCACGGGUUCAUUGUCGCCGCCAGAAGAUCUGCGAAGCUGGCCAAAAAUUGGUAAUCCUCAAAACGCCCACAGGCCUCAAAAUGGAGGCCAAGAGCUGAAUGGAUCCAGCGCCCACGGUUCCAGUGACAGCGGCGAUCCAAACGCGUUUGUCAAGAAUGAUUACCGCUCGCGAAUACCCCCAUCCCAUGGACAACCACGGCCACGCGCACAAUCGCAACAAGGACCCAGUUGGCAGUUCGGCUCCGCGUCAGGACGCCAAUCAUCUCACUCUAGAGGUUCGGGGCCCUCCAGACGAGGCAGCCGCAAUGCCUCUACGCGAAACUCGUCUGCGUCGUACUCUGCCGCUCAUUCACGCGUGUCCAGCCGUGCUGGUAGUACUCAUUCGAGUCCUCGAAUGAGGGCUAUCAGCCGCGUCAGCUCUCAGCAAGAGCUGCGCUCCUAUCACGACGUACCCAACUUUGUAGAUCAUCGCCGGUUAGCUGUCCAUCGCCCAAAACUCGUGGCUUCCCCACCCGAAGGACCAAUGCCGCUACCCGUGUCAUACCUGUUUCCCCCAGCUGGUAUGGACCCGUACCGUCCCCAGUCGCGAAGUCCGAUGUCAUCUCCCCUACAAGUGGAUCAACAACAAGCCUCUCCGCACCGCUCGAUGUCCAACUCUCCAUCCCACUACUCUUUUGCUCUCCCCGCUCCCGCUCCUGGCGUCGGCACUCUGUCAUAUCCCUAUUCGCAUUCGCCGCACCACGGGAGCUCUGGCUCUGCGACACCGUACAUGGCGUAUGGUUAUCCGUACCCCUAUGGUUAUCCAUAUCCUUAUCCCUAUUGGCCGUAUGAGGGUGCUUACAUUCCUCCACCCGACCUGCUCCAGCAGCAGUACCAUCAGCCAUCUCCUUCCUCGGAUCCGAACACGCUCGGACACCAGAUACCCGCCAAUGGCACUUCAAGCUCUCAGAAUCCGGAAUCACACACAAAUCAGCUGGAAACUGCGGCAACAGUAUCAAACGGGCGAGCUGAGGCUGCGUCCCGACAUCCUCCAGAACCAGUUGUUUUCGGUAGCGUAGAAUCACCAGAGGAUGGAUUGACAUCAACGCAGAAAGAAUUCAAGGUUCAAGCAGACAUGUCUGGCGUUACAGAACAAAUUGCUUCGUUGGCAAUUGGGUUUCAUCCAGAGGAGGCCCCUCGAACUCGAAGUCGGGGCCGCUCAGUGAGGUCAACGUCCUCGCCACUUGACGAAAUAUCGCUUGGCGCACCUCGGCGCGUUCCGCACUCUACUGAAGCCAGGGAUGCUCAGCCAUCUGCCAAUGCAUCUUUAAGUACAUCUCCCCAGACGGCGAAAUGGAAGUUUGGCUCACUCACUCCGAAACCUCCGGAAGAGCCCGCGCCGACCGCGAUUUCAGAACGAUCCGUGUCUCAGGACCAGCGUCUAGAACGCGGAUCAUUGCAUCAGCACGAAACGCCAGUAUACCCCAGCAUCGCCUCGAACACUCCUUAUCGACCUUCUAUCCCUCUCGAGCCCGCCAUGACUAACGGCCAUCACAACCAUCAUUCCUCGGCGACCGAAGCCCUUCCAUCGCCAGAGACAAGUUCCAGCACCAGCGACGUCUGGGAAGUCAGAGACUUUGGCUACGGCUUCGGUGACGCAAGCGGCACCGGCCGUGCACCCGAGAUCGCAAAAGAAGAACGCCUUGCGCGGCAGCGGCAGCGCGAGGACGAACGACGUGAGUUCGACAAGCGGCGGUGGCAGGACCCGGAUGCAUACGAUGUUCUAGAGACCCGCUGGGAGCCUGAAUAUACCUCCAGGCCGUACGGCCGGCCGCGUCGUGGGUCGUGGACGGGCCCAUCGAAUUACGUCUAUGAUCGCGGGUACAACAACGAUCGGGGAGGGCAUGGUGAAAGGGGUGGGUACGGAGGGUAUCGACGCGGUGGGGGGCGAGGUCACGAGCGCGGAUAUGGAGGGCGCGGUGGGUACGGGGCUCCCCGUAGUCGAGGGAACUACAGGCAUUCGUUCUCGUCGUCGAUGCCUUCAGGGCAUUUCAGGGGGUCCGCAUCGGUGGAACACACGAACGGGUACUACGGUGCGGUAUAUGGGCCGCGUCAGCGGCUGCCCUCGACGUCCGAAGCGCCAGUGUUGCCUGUGCCCCUGAACUCGGACAUGCCGCAGACGGAGCUCGACCCGACGCGAUACACCCUGCUUGUUCAGCUGGAGUAUUAUCUCAGCGCGGAGAAUAUGUCAAAGGACGUCUUUCUUCGCCAGCAGAUGGACUCGGAAGGCUGGAUAUCUAUCGCCCUCCUCGCGUCGUUCAACCGCGUCAAGCAGAUGACGACCUCGGCCGGGCUCGUGGGCGAGUUGCUCGAGACAUCGAGCAAGGUGGAGGUCAACGCCUCGGGCGACUACGUCCGCAUGACGGACGGCGCGUGGCAGCCGUUCCUCGCGACACAGGAUCCGCUGCGGAGUCCUGUGGAUGCUUCCAAACCCAACGGGAUCCACGCCGUGACGCAGCCUGAGGAGGAGCAGAAGCCAGCGUUCCCGCAAACGGUGCCGGAUCCGCCACAACCGAGGGAGUCCGACUCGUCUUUGUCGUCUGAGGGCGAUUUGGACGACGAAUCCUAUGACGACGAGGAUGACGAGGACGACGUCGAGUUUGUCCUUUGAGGGGACGAUGCAGCAACCUUCCCUCGGUUUUUUCCACACGUAACCUCCGGAGAUGAAUCACGCACCAACUAUUCCAAACGACACACCACGACUAUAGACACGCUUGCAGCUUUAAUAAAUACUCCAGCACGACGCCUAUGCUCUCAUUUUGCACCCUCCCUUAUAUCUCGCGGUCACAUUCAAGUGUUUGUUCGUUUGUUCAAGGCUAAUCGUACUUGCUCUGUUUAUUCCGG